UUUGCAUGUUAUUGGAGUUUUCCAGCAUAAUUGAUUUAAUAUUUAAUUUAACAGACUUUCUGUGUUGGUUCAGAUCGCUGAGAGGAUGAGCGUCGGCUGCGACACGAGCGUCAGGCGGAUUCUCCGCGCGUCUCAACGCUUCAGGUCCACUAAAGGGGCGUCCAAAGCCCGGCGAGACCACAUCAAUGGAGAGAUCCGGAGCAUGCGGGCGCUGCUGCCCAUCUCAGCUGAAGACCAGGAGCGUCUGUCCUACCUGCACUCCAUGUCCCUCAUCUGCACCUACGUCAGGAAGAGCGUGCUCCUCAAAGGAGUUCACCAGGACACGGGUGCUGUUUCUCCUCUGUGGGAGAGUUUUCUGCAAGCGCUGCCUGGAUUUAUUGUGGCUUUGACCAGAGACGGGAAACUGGUCUAUGUGUCUGAAAAUGUGUCAGAAUAUCUCGGCCUGUCGAUGGUCGAUGUCCUUCAGGGAGACACUUUCUAUGAUAUGAUGGACAGUCGUGAUGCAGAAGCGGUGAAAGUUGUUUUGAGAGAGCAGGACGUCUCCGCAGGUGAGUGUGGUGCUCUGUCUCUCCGUGUCGUGUCAUGUGAUGUCCAGAUCAGCUCUAAUGUCGUGUGUCUCUCAGAGCGCAGCUUCGUGUGCCGCAUGCACAGCUCCAAAGCGCUCCGGCUCCAGUACAGCAGCUGCUGCUCCAUGCUGGUGAGGGGGCGAUUCCAGGACGGCCCGCCGGACGCCGCUCUGUUUGUGGCCCUCUGUACGCCCACAGUCAACAGACUGAAGGACAGCGAGCUCCUGAGGGCCUCCGCCUGCUUCCAGACGCUCCACAGACCGGACAUGAGGCUCACUCACGCCCCCUACAGUGUCUUGUUCCACCUGGGUUUCUCAGCAGAGGAGCUGAUUGGUCGAUCGUGGUACGAGCUCCUGCAUCCGGAUGACCUCACGCUCGCCGCCCGCUGCCAUCGCACACUCACUGGAGAUGACGGCGCUGCAGACGGAGAGAUGCUGGUCCGACUGCUGUGUAAGGAUCUGUCGUGGAUCUGGCUCUACAUAUGUGUGACUAUAGACAGAGCCGGAGAAGUGAUCACCUGCACCAAUCACGUCAUCAGUGAAGCGGAGGCGGUGUAUCUCAAAGACAAACUCUCUCAGCGUCCCGUCCUCUCAGCUCAGAGACCGAGAGAGCGCGAGCCGCUCAGGAGAAGCUCCGAGACCAGCGACUGCUCCGGCGGCACAGACGGGGAGCUCAGGAGCGCCUCGCUCGCGGUCAGAGAGCAGCCGGCCUUCUCCACACCGCCCUACAGCCCCACUUCCUCCCACUCCUCUGACUUCCUGUCUGACGGCUACGGCGCGCUCGAGCAGCUGGCGGAUGGGUUCUGUCCGUCUCAGGCAUUCUCUGACCCGUCCUGCGCCGUUCCUCCUGUCUGUCUGCUCGACGCUCACCUCGUCCCCGUCUUCCGGCCCGCGCUGGACGUCUGCGAGGUUGCGGCAGACUGCGUUCUGCAUCCGGAGGUCUUCGGCGUGUUUCCUCUUCCUCAUGAGGGCGAUCUGCUCACGCCCGAGGCCUCGCCCACCGCUGACGGACGCUUCCUCUACAGCGAGACGGAGCGGGCUGAGAUCGGGACUCUGGCCCGUCAGAUCCGCUCUCUGGCCAGCAGCUUCGACGCCUACAGCACGCCACGCCACCUGCAGCCUGACGGCGCACUCUGCUGGCCUCCGGAGCCGCUGCUGGACCAGACCGUCAUAGACAGCAUCCUGAGAGACCUGGUCUCGGCCAAAGAGCCGGACUGCGUCUGGAGCCGGAGUGCAGUCGCAGCGUUCUCAGCGGAGCACAGCAUCGGCGCGCAGCAGUGUGUGUACGGCGGCAAUCAGACGGCGCUUUGAUGAGCACGAACGCUGACGGAUCAAUACAUGAAAGACUGAAGUCCGUCACUUACACUAGUAACCCAGUAUGGCAUAUUGCCAUGGCAACCAGUGGCUGGAGAUGUGAUGAGGUUUGGUGGGAACCGGUUUCUCAUCUUUUUUCAAGAAUUAUUUAUACACCUGCAGUGUUUUAUGAAUGUGAAGAAUCAGUCAGAGUGUCUCUUUCUGAACAUUUACCAACAGUCGUUCUGUUCCGUGUGUUGCUAGUGGCUUGGUAGCAUGUAAAUGUAGUUUUUGUAAACGACUCAAUAAUAAGCUACUAUGCACUUACUCAUAUGACAAAAACAGCGAGAUCCUGAAGCAAGAGCGAUGAACUGAAGCUACCUCAUGAAGCAAAUGCAAUCACUCCAAACACUCGUUCUGUUGUGUCACUGUGUAUUUAUUUUCUGUGGUUUAUGUUAGAUUUGUAGAUCAUUCGAGUAUGAAUGUAAUGUUAUGUGAAAGUUUCUCUUGCGGCGUCAGCGUCACUGAAUCUCUGCCUUAUGUUUGCGGUCUCUGUGGUUCUCACGUCAGGGUUAUCUAUA